AUUGGUUGACCAGAGACGGCUAACAAUAAAUACAUAAACGGCUAACAAUAAAUGUCAAUGAAGACAAGUUGGGUUGGGCCGAGUUUAAUUAGGCUAUAGGAAGCAUCGAGUGUUUCCGUAUUAUCAGCGUUUUCAGGAAGUUUGAAGAGGUUUUGUUUUAUCACAUAUAGGCCUACGUUUGACGAUGAUUGUUUGGCUCUUCUUUAUUUACUGGCAUUGUUCCUUUUGUUCCUCCUCUGUCCGAUUGACAUGAUAUCCUUUCAAAACGCAUGAUUAAACAAGUCAGCAGCGUCCGCUUCCAAGAGAUGCAUUUCUCCAGAGAUACUUUAACAACAAGUCUACGGAUUACAAGUCAACUUCUGUGGGUGGUGGGGUUAUUGUUGUCCCUCAGUGGACUCUAUCUACUGUUCUACUUCAGCAAGAGCCACCCCUUCUUCUCGGGAUACUCUAUCCUCAUGCCCGGGGUGCUCGCGCUCUCCACCGCCGCGCUCCUAUUGUUCGCCGGCGUGAUUGGCUGCAUGGCUGCUGCUCAAACCUCGGUCUUUUUGCAGGGCUUGUCGUCUGUUUCCCCCCAGUUCGUUUAUCUGUUGGUGGUGGCGGUGUGUCUCCAGGGGACAGCUUCAGCACUAGCCUACUACUACUCUGACAAGGUCGAUUCAGAGUUGUCUGUUCUAAGUGAGGUUUUCUACAACUAUUCAGGCAGUAGCCAAGACCCACUUGCAAGGGCUGUGGACAGUACACAAGAAGAGCUCCAGUGCUGUGGGGUCCAGGGCUCCAGGGAUUGGCUCAGCACCCCCUGGUUCAACCGGAGUCGGCGGGCCACGUUCCCUCAGAGCUGCUGUAACUCCUCCUGCUUCCACUGCACCAGCAGCUCAGAGGAACACUGGGAACCUUAUGUACAGGGCUGUCAGGAGCGGCUGGAGGAGGCACUGGGGUUUGUGCUGAGUCUGAUCACCUGGUCCCUGCUGCCCCUGCUCCCGGUAGAGGUCAGAGGCCAUGCGCUCCAGGGGCUUGUUGUUCAGGUUCAUCCAUUUUGUUUAAAGGGGUCCCAUGACCGUGUUCAUCCUAGGGACCGAGGAGGAACACUUGCGGUCCUCUUUGUGAUUUGAUGUUAUUUAAAUAAAGAUGUGCUGAAUAUAACGGGUGAAAUACGUUUUCUUAAUAGAAACACAAUCAUGUCAACAGAUUAGGGACAGAUAACUAGCUAACAAACUUUUGAAUAUUGCAGAGAAAUGCAACAUUGAAAUACAAUCAUCUGUUUAGAUUUUUUUUUAAACCCUUUUUUAUGAAGUCUCAUAUGUAUAUGACUGUCUAUAUUCCCAUAUUCAUCCAAACCAAAGCCUCUCCUCUCGUUGCAGAUUCUGGGCGUCGCUAUCAUGGCCCACAUGAUGACGAACAACCAACUGUUGCAUUACACCGUUCUGGAGAAGCCGUCAAGUUGAAUUACAACAGGCAUGCACCCAUGCCCCACACAACACACAAACACGUAUACACACACACACACACACACACACACACACACACACACACACACACACACACACACACACACACACACACACACACACACACACACACACACACACACACACACACACACACACACACACUAACAUAAAUUAAACUCUGAUAACAAGGUAUUAAUAUACACAAUUUAGUGAAUGUGAAUGUCCAUAAACACGCCAGAACAUUUCUUUUGCAACAAUAUAUUAUUGUGUGGGAAAAUACUAAUUGUUCAAUGAAAAUAUGCAAAUAAAUUAUUUUAAAUUUU